AUGGUGGGCUACCUUCUGAUCUUCAUUGGCUUUGGACGAUGCUCCAUGUGGGAUGAAACCGUCAGGUUCGCGAACAUCAGCAUGACCAGGACCAAAAAGGCGCAGAUUCGCAUUGCCCAGCCAAAUUCAACCCGGGGAAUCAAAUGUUGGACCAUGAGAGGAAACACCACCCCGCCAGUCGAGGACCCUGCCACGGUGAGCCCAGAAGUAAUCGCCUUCCUUCUGCGAAACCAGGUAUACGGCUGGGAAACAGUCAACAAACCAACAACCACCCUGGAUGUGUCUGAACGGGGUGUAGGGGAAGGGGGAAGGGCAGCCCCCAUCUAUGUAUUCCUUACGGCGGCCAUGGCAGGGGUGAAGAUGAGAGCGCAUCCCAGUCCAGAGCAAACCGAUUGGCUCAGCAUGAACUGA